UAUCGUGUGCAGGCCUGAGACAGAUUUUAGUACCACCCGCUUCCACUUUGGCUCUGAACGCUAGUGUCGCAACUCUUCUGUCAUUGGUCGAAACGAACAGCCAAUCAGUGAGCCAUAUUUUGUUUGUUAAAUAAAGCUGUCAAAAUUUCAAAAACAAAGAUGUCGUUCAGUUCACUGCGUUAUUUGAAGUGCAUUGGGUUAUUUAGUUUUCUCCUCGGUUUUUGCUUUGAGUCGAGAUCCUGAAUAAUCUACUUGGCUCCUUGCUACCAGUGACUGUUUCUGUGAGAAACUCAACGUAUUAUCAUGUCUCAAGUGAGAAAGUGUUGUGUUGUUGCUUGCAAUGCUACCAGCGAGACUCAUCGUCUUUUUUACUUGCCAAAGAACGAUAAAUUACGAGAAUUGUGGUUGACUUUCUUGAUUCCUGUGAAUGUAAAGCUCAGUGGUUUGUCGAAGGCACAAUUAGUGACUAAACAAGUAUGCCAAAAGCACUUCGACAGACAUCAGUUUGACAAUAGGGGCAACCGGCUUGCGCAUGGUUAUCCAUGCUUGUUUACUGAAGAUGAAAUACUUUACGGAGUUCCUUUGAGCACAUUAGCUGAACAUGACUUGAGGGAUCAUAAUUAUGCUUUACAACCAACCAACUUGGAAGAUACAACCGUUUUCACUGAAAGUACCAUUGUUAUUGCUAAAGACUCCAUGAAAGAUCAUGACUAUGCUUUGAGUUAUCAAAUCGAAGGGUCUGUCGACCUUGCAGAAGGGACAUCAACUAAUGUGAAAACUGACGGUAAAUGUAAUCCUACUGUAUCAGAAAUGCAAACACAUGAAACAUUGGAAAUUCUUGACAACCAGCCUGUAUCAAUAUUAGGAACUGUAUCAACAGAUUUGAAACACAGUGGGCAGCAAAUUAAAAGUAAAGGAACACCAAGGAAAUAUCUUGUUAAAGGAAGAGUGAACCUGACAACAACAACAAAGUGUAGGUGUUUUAUAAAAAGAAUGAAAGAAAUGUCUAUCAAAGAAAACAAGAAGCAAAAGCCAUUUUCCGAAAGAUUAGAUACUGCUACAUCACUAAGUAAUAGCCAAUUGUUUGUUAAAAAUUUUUGCAACAUUACUCAUCAACUCAUCAAGCACAAGAUUUUAUUCUUAUGCAGUUGAAACUGGCAGGUAAAAAGAAGAAAGCAAUGCGAUACACCACAAAUGAAAAGCUUUUAUCAUUAUCACUAAUGAAGGAAAGCCCUAAAGGAUAUAGGCUAUUACAAAAGAUAUUUAACUUGCCUACUAAAAGAACUCUAAACCGCCUUGCU